UUCAUGAUGCGUCUUUGCUUUUUUUUUCCCCCUAAAGACUCCUCUUCUUCUAUCUGAAUCUAUCUUACUGUUGGGUUUGGACUCCCUUCCUUUGUGGAAAAAGACCCAAUAUUUCAAGGUCAUUUGAGUCUGACUUAUUAAGGUGGAGAAGGAGCAGAUUAGGGUUAUGGGCGAGGUCUUAUUUUAAGGCAGAAUAGCAACCAUUUAGGGAGAAAAGAAGAGAGAAAACUAUUUUAAUUCACAACAUCUAGUGUGUUAUUUGCAACGGUCGGAUCAUUGAUCUGAUGCCCAGUGUGAGAGAGAUUGAGUUUGUCCUACAGCAUCUGGUUCGGGUUUUCUUUUUCAGCUAUUCAUUUUCUUUUGUAAGCUUGUAGUUUUGGUUGUUUAGCUAGUUGUUUGUACUUCUUUAUGUAUCUGAUUGAGACUCUCUGAUACUCUGUUUUGAUCAUAGUGAAGUUAUGAUUUUCUUUGGUCUAGAUGACCCGUGGCUUUUACCCUUGCAUUGAGGGUUGUUAAUAAUUUUGGUAUUUCUUGUACUAUUUAACUUCUGUCAUAUGCUUGUUUUGUUUUCUUAAAAAUUCUCACGGGCAGUGAGAAAAUAUAUUCUCUAUCUAUAACUCAUAGGCUUGAAUACAAUUGUGUUUUUUUCUCAUCACUUACUCGGCUAGUAUACAUUAUGUUAAUGUUAUUUGUUAGCUACUGUUAAGAGCACUCUGUUAUCGCGAUUUGAUAACUAUUGGGUUAUAAUUCAUUGAUACUUCCGAUGUUUAUUAGUGAAGUUUUGUUCCUAAGUGUUAUCCUAUAAUCACUCUUGUUCCAGAUUGUUGUUACUGUGUAGGAAGGUGUCACUCUCGCCUUUUCCAUUCUUUGAUGUGUUUGCGAUUAAGGAUUUUAUUAUCAGCCAAGAGGAAAUAUGGUUUGGGAAAGGAAUGGGCGAACUUGUGAUAGAUAUAUACGCUACAAAGAUGUGUGUGUGUGUGUGUGUAUCUACCAUAUGAAUUUCAAUGGAGAAUUGCAGUGCUUUUACCGAGAGUCUGAUGGCAGAAGACACUAAAUUAAAAGACCUUUUCGAUGAAAUUAGAAGCUUAACAGAGUUGGGCAAUCAUAAAGACUAUGAAUAUACAACACGUAUGGACCAUUUUGAGACUCACCUGGUUGAGAUGAAGACUUUCUUGGCUGAGAUAUCAAGAGGGAUGUUGAGCCUUAACCAUGCACUUGCCAUUCCAAUGAAGCAGCCCAGUUCUGACUUUCUAAUGGCUGCAAAUCUCACCAAUGGAGCGAUAAGGAGGAUGAUGAGUGACUAUUACUCUUGCGAGGACCUAAAGCCUAUACUUCAAGUGAUUGACUUGAAGUUGGUGCAGUUACAAGAGCAUAACAACACAGAAAGGUAUAAGCUUUUGCUAUCAGAUGGUUCCCAUUAUCAAUAAGGGAUGCUUGCUACUCAGAACAACAAGUUGGUCCAUGUUGGGAGAUUGCAAAAGGGGUCUAUUGUUAAGUUGACUGAGUUUAUUUACAAAGUUGGCCAAAGUUGCAAGAUUAUCAUCAUUAUUGAGCUGAAUAUGGUCCUUGAUAGAUGUGAUCUGAUUGGAGAACCUAUUGGGGUACCAAGAGUUAUACCUGUAAGUGGCAAUAUUGCUUGACCAAAUGCGUUUGGGCCAUCUCUAGAUCAUUUUGAUAGGUUCAGCAACCUUUGCUGGUGUAUUCCAAGAAAAGGCACUACACUUACAUGUUUAGGCUAUCUAAAUUAUGUUUUAUGUCAAUUAUUUAGGAUGUUUUGUGUCAUUUAUUGCAAGAUAAGGUUAGUUGUUAUCAGUUUAUGUCUUAGAA